CCGGAUUCUGGCGUCUGUAGUGGCGCGCCGCUCGCCCGGAGCCGCUGUCUGUGUUUGGUCGGCGGGACCCAGGAGAGUGACUGGCCAUGUCACUGUCCCACUUGUACCGGGAUGGUGAAGGCCACCUGGAUGAUGAUGAGGACGAGCGGGAGAACUUCGAGAUCACCGACUGGGAUCUCCAGAAUGAAUUCAACCCCAACCGGCAGCGGCACCGGCAGACCAAGGAAGAGGCCACGUAUGGAGUGUGGGCAGAGCGAGACUCGGAUGAAGAGAGGCCCAGCUUUGGAGGCAAACGGGCCCGAGACUACUCCGCACCAGUGAACUUCAUCAGCGCCGGCCUCAAGAAAGGGGCAGCAGAGGAGGCGGAGCUGGAAGAUUCCGACGAUGAGGAGAAGCCUGCUAAGCAGGAUGACUUUCCGAAGGAUUUUGGACCCAAGAAGUUAAAGACGGGCGGUAAUUUUAAACCCAGCCAGAAGGGCUUUGCAGGAGGGACCAAGCCUUUCGUGGAUUUUGGCAGCUGGGAAAGGCACACCAGAGGCAUCGGACAGAAGCUGCUGCAGAAGAUGGGCUACGUCCCUGGCAGGGGGCUCGGGAAGAAUGCCCAGGGUAUCAUCAACCCAAUUGAAGCCAAACAGAGAAAGGGGAAAGGGGCCGUGGGGGCUUAUGGCUCAGAGCGGACCACUCAGUCCCUGCAGGACUUCCCCGUGGUGGACUCAGAAGAAGAAGCAGAAGAGGAGUUUCAGAAGGAACUGAGCCAGUGGAGGAAAGACCCCAGCGGAAGCAAGAAGAAGCCCAAGUACUCGUACAAGACCGUGGAAGAGCUGAAGGCCAAGGGCAGGAUCAGUAAGAAGCUCUCCGCCCCCCAGAAGGAGAUUUCUCAGGUCAAGGUCAUCGACAUGACCGGCCGGGAGCAGAAGGUCUACUACAGCUACAGCCAGAUCAGCCACAAGCACAGCGUCCCCGAUGACGGGCUGCCGCCGCAGUCCCAGCAGCCGCCGCAGCCCGGCAAAGAGGCCAAGGCGCCGGGCUUCGCGCUGCCCGAGCUGGAGCACAACCUGCAGUUGCUCAUCGACCUCACGGAGCAGGAGAUCAUCCAGAGUGACCGGCAGCUGCAGUAUGAGCGCGACAUGGUGGUGAGCCUCUCGCACGAGCUGGAGAAGAUGUCGGAGGUGCUGGAGCACGAGCAGCGGGUCAUCGCCAACCUCAGCAAGGUGCUGGAGAUGGUGGAGGAGUGCGAGCGGCGCAUGCAGCCCGGCUGCAGCGACCCCCUCACCCUGGAGGAGUGCGCCCGCGUCUUCGAGACCCUGCAGGACAAAUACUACGAGGAGUACCGCAUGUCCGACCGCGUGGACCUGGCCGUGGCCAUCGUCUACCCGCUCAUGAAGGACUACUUUAAGGAGUGGGACCCGCUCAAGGACUGCGCGUACGGCACCGAGGUCAUCUCCAGGUGGAAAAGCCUCCUCGAGAACGACCAGCUCUUGUCUCACGGCGGGCAGGACCUCUCGGCAGACGCCUUCCACAGGCUGAUAUGGGAAGUCUGGAUGCCAUUUGUUCGAAAUAUUGUCACCCAGUGGCAGCCACGGAACUGUGACCCAAUGGUGGAUUUUCUGGACAGCUGGGUGCACAUUAUCCCCGUGUGGAUCUUAGAUAACAUACUGGACCAGCUCAUCUUCCCCAAGCUGCAGAAGGAGGUGGAAAGCUGGAACCCGCUGACGGACACUGUGCCCAUCCACUCAUGGGUGCACCCGUGGCUGCCCCUCAUGCAGGCGCGCCUCGAGCCGCUCUACUCGCCCAUCCGCAGCAAGCUGUCCAGCGCCCUGCAGAAGUGGCACCCCAGCGACUCCUCAGCCAAGCUCAUCCUGCAGCCCUGGAAAGAUGUCUUCACCCCCGGCUCUUGGGAGGCGUUCAUGGUCAAGAACAUUGUGCCCAAGCUAGGCAUGUGUCUCGGGGAAUUAGUCAUUAACCCCCACCAGCAGCACAUGGACGCUUUCUACUGGGUCAUUGACUGGGAAGGGAUGAUCUCCGUCUCCAGCCUCGUGGGCCUUCUUGAAAAGCAUUUCUUCCCCAAGUGGCUUCAGGUGCUGUGCUCUUGGCUCAGUAACAGCCCCAAUUACGAGGAGAUCACUAAGUGGUACCUGGGUUGGAAGUCCAUGUUCUCAGACCAAGUGCUGGCGCACCCAUCCGUCAAAGACAAAUUUAAUGAAGCACUUGACAUCAUGAACAGGGCGGUGUCCUCCAACGUUGGUGCCUACAUGCAGCCCGGGGCGCGGGAGAACAUCGCCUACCUCACCCACACGGAGCGCAGGAAGGACUUCCAGUACGAGGCCAUGCAGGAGCGGCGGGAGGCGGAGAACAUGGCCCAGAGGGGCAUCGGCGUGGCCGCCAGCUCUGUGCCCAUGAACUUUAAGGACCUCAUUGAGACCAAAGCCGAGGAGCACAACAUCGUGUUCAUGCCGGUCAUUGGGAAGCGCCACGAAGGGAAGCAGCUCUACACGUUUGGCCGCAUAGUCAUCUACAUCGACCGGGGGGUGGUGUUUGUCCAGGGUGAGAAGACCUGGGUGCCCACCUCCCUGCAGAGCCUGAUUGACAUGGCCAAGUAGAGGGCGGUGGGCUGGGCAUGGGCACGAAUAAACAGUGUUUGAAAACAG